CAGAACGCCCAGCAAAGGGAUGGUAGAGAAGCAACUGCUAGCAGGAGCUCGAGCCAGCCCCGUAGCGGAUUCCGUUUGGCCCUGCGGAAAUUUAAGAAGAAUAUGAGUAAAAAAGUUUAUCAUUCCCGUCACAAAAUCCUUGCUGUUCCGAACGCAGAUAAUGAAGGUGCUUCAAUGAGUCAGAAUAUUGGGGAUGCGUCACAUGGCUGUGCGAAUCAAGGAGCAUCUGGAGAACCUGCUUCGAAGGUUCAGGCUCCUUGGUCUGGCGUGGAAGAAGGUCCUACUCUCCAAUUAGUUGAUGCUGAACUUCGGGGUGCCCGUGAGGAUAAGGAAAGUAUGAGACUACUCGAGGGACAUGUCACUCCUGUGGCACCCGCAGCGAACAAUGGCCCAGCAGGUCUCGCUGUGGCGGACGAUUUCCAGACCCCAUAUCUUCAAUCACUCAAAAUUUUCAACACUCUCAGUCCGAUUCUGGCAAAUGCAUAUCCUGACGCAAAGAUGGCGCUAGGUGCGCUGCAUACCGCAUCUGAAAUCAUUCUCGAUCAAACAGAACGCGACCAAUUGGUACAAUCUCUUCUCGAUAAAUUAGAAGAAGUUUACUGCUUCAUGUCACGAGACGACACUCUUGGCCAGAUUUCAUCCAAGCUCAGUAUCGUCGAACAGAUCGCCCAGCAGACUCUAGAGUGUACGUGUUUCAUCAGGGACUACUCGGAGAAAAAGAGCUCUUGGAUGAUACUCGGGAAAAAUGUUGUCUCGGAAACGGAUGAUCUGAUUACACGGUACAACGAUGCUUUGGAUAGGCUUAUGCAACAAUUGCAUCAGGAAUAAAUACCCUCCAAUGCAUAGCUAGACUAAACCAGCCUAUACUGCUGUAUUGAUAUAUCUAUUCUGUACUAUUAGCCAGAAACCCUGAUACAUCAUCCCGUUUCCUCGUCUGAUAACACUAGCAGACUCGGAGGCUAGUGUACACGAGUCAGUACAAGACGGUACGAAAUAUGACGGACGUAGUACACACCUCAGCAAGGUUGCAAGAACAAUGCUGAGGUGGUCGAGAGGCGAAGCGCGCAGUACAAAAAUUUAAAUUUUGGUGCUGCCUCGGUCCGGUCCAGAACCGUGACCGUGGCUCGAACUUAGUUACUUGCCUAUGUUGGACGAGUGAUCGCC